AUGAUACUCCGCUUCCAGAGCCGGAACGGCCAGUUUCGACUCACCGUCGACCCCAAGGAUGACUUCACCUCUGUCGCCUCCCAGAUCGCCGAGAAGCUUCCUCCGUCGGUCGACAUCGCGUCCAUCACUAUCAGCCCCAAGCCGCAGGACAAGACGGCUUCGCGGGCGCUCAACACGCUCAAGGGCGUGAGCUUCGAGAAGAUCGGCUUGACGAACGGCUCGCAAGUCUUCCUCGACUAUCAAGAACAGGACGCUGCGACCAAUGGCCAGGCACCCGCCCCCACCGCCGCGGCGGCGUCACAUCGCCUUAACGGCAAGGCCAUCGACCCUUCGGAGAUUCCAGCAGCUGCCAAGCUCCACCUUGGCCAACACGCAAAGCUCAUCAAGAACCCUUGGGAAGUCGUGAAGCAGUCUCCGCUGGACAACCGGUUAGACAAGCUCGAUGGCAAGAUUCCCAGGCCCCGCGACCAGAAAAUGUGUAGGCAUGGACCGAAGGGCAUGUGCGACUAUUGCAUGCCUCUCGAGCCGUACGCACCGGAGUACCUGGCGGACAAGAAGAUCAAGCACCUCUCGUUCCACUCUUACUUGCGGAAGAUCAACUCCGGCAAAAAUAAGCCCGAAUCCGGAAGCUCAUAUAUGCCGCCACUUAGCGAGCCGUACUACCGUAUACGUCCCGACUGCCCGUCCGGACACGCGCCGUGGCCCGAAGGUAUUUGCAGCAAGUGCCAGCCGAGCGCUAUCUCCUUGCAGCCUCAGGAGUACAGAAUGGUGGACCAUGUGGAGUUUGCCUCGCCAGAUCUCAUCAACACUAUGCUGGAUUUCUGGAGGCAUUCAGGUUGCCAGAGGUUAGGCUUUUUGUAUGGUCGCUAUGAGGAGUACACGGAGGUUCCACUUGGCACGAAGGCUGUGGUAGAGGCGAUUUACGAACCUCCGCAGAUUAACGAAAUGGACGGCAUUUCGCUAGGCGAGUGGGAGAACGAGAAGGAGGUGGAUGAGGUUGCGCGUUUGUGCGGUAUGGAAAAGCUCGGUGUCAUCUACACAGACCUUUUAGAUGCAGGCGCGGGUGAUGGAUCCGUUAUUUGCAAGCGCCAUGCCGACUCGUACUAUCUCUCAUCGCUGGAAAUCGUCUUCGCAGCGAGAUACCAGGCAAGGCAUCCUAGGCCGACAAAGUGGAGCGACACUGGCCGAUUUGGAUCGAACUUUGUCACUUGCGUCAUCACUGGUGAUGAAGAGGGCCAGAUCGCCAUCUCUUCUUACCAAGCUUCGAACGCUGCGGUGGAAAUGGUGAGGUCCGAAAUCAUCGAGCCGUCGGCAGACCCCACGGUCAUGCUGGUGCAAAACGAGGAGGAAGACAAUGCUCUUGGACGGUCACGUUACAUUCCGGACGUGUUCUACAGGCGGAAGAAUGAGUAUGGCGCGAACGUGCAGGAGAGCGCGAAGCCGGCCUUCCCUGUCGAGUACCUCCUCGUUACGCUCACGCAUGGUUUCCCUACGGCGCCCAACCCGCAGUUUACUCAAGGUUUCCCGGUGGAGAAUCGCGAAGGUUUGGGUAUCACCCAGGAGAUCGGCGCGCUGGCGAAGCAGCUCAAAGCAAAGGACAAUGGUCUGCAACUUAGUGAACCGACCGGCCUUGCUGCAGUGGCAGAUUUCCACCUCCUCUGCUUCGUUCACGGCCUCGAUAUCCUGAGCAAGGACGAAGAGCAACUCCUCUGCCGCGUAGCAACCUCGCACGACGUGUCUGUCGGCACUCAGCUGCAGUUCACGCCAGGCUGGGCGACGCUAUUGACCAUUCUGAAAGAGACUGGUGAGCACUCCUCUACAUCCCAGCAAUUCACACGACACGAAAAAGACCCUUCAGUUCGCGCAGGACCGUCAAUGUCCGAGGCAGGCAGCCGCAGCCGCAAGCGCGGCUUUGCCGAGGUUGACGACGGCUCCACCAUAUCCUCCCAACAAAGCCCCAACGGCACCGACAGCGAACAGCUUGCUAAGCGCGUUAAGGGCGUUAGCUUGAAGUGA